AUGGCCCCUAAACCUAUACUCGAGAUGAGCCUUGGUUUGGCAAGGGAUGUGCUCAACCUUCAUGACCGCUAUGAGGAUCUCAAGCCCACCUUCAAAACCUCUGAGUUCUGCAUGGCCACUCAUGAAGCCAACUUGGCUGAUUUUGCAAAGCAGAAGGCAGAAUUGGAUCAAAUGGUGGCAGGGUAUAAGGAAGCCAAAGCCACUGCAGACAAACUGGAGAAGCAGAUUGCAGAGCUUCAAAAACAGCUGGCAGAGUGCAGGGAAGUGCAGAACAGGCUCGGGGCUGGACUGAGCUCCAAGACUAAGGCUACCUUUCUUGUGCAGAGCAUGGUUGUAGCUAGAGGUGUCAAACGGGACGGGCCGGCCCAGCACGGCACGAGCCCAGCCCAUUUAAAUGAGGCACGAGCACGGCACGAGCACGAAUAUUAA